AUGCGUGGAAUACAAAGUCUGUUUACCAAAGAUUCCAAAGAUCUUCAAGUAAAACGUUCAAGAUGGAAGUUUUGGAAAAGACGCGAUCGAAAACCAAACACUGUAUCCAAUGUGGUUAAUCAAGCCAUUGAUCCUCAUUCUAAUCUUAUUCAUUUGGGACCAUUCCAAUCACUAAAGUCAUACCAGUUGAAUAGCCUUAUGUUAUGCUUUAUUCUCCUUGUAUUGUUGUUGUUCUAUAUGUCUUAUCAAUUCGGACGACUGAUCACCUUGCUCGAAGUUCUGAUCUUUGGUGCAGACGAUUUACUCAGAGGUGGUGUAGACAUCGUAUUUGAUUUCUUUGAACUGUUUCGCAAAUAUACCAUAUUGAAUUUACGGUGUUACGGACUCGAUCCAUUAGUAUGA